AUGCAAGGAUUCAAGGAUUUCACACGAUGUGUUGAUUAUGGCGUGGAUUGGUGCCAAUUCCCUUGGAGAAUUGCGAUGAUUUUUGAUGAGGUUGAGGAUGUGCAGAUGCAGCAACUUUGGAAGAUUGAGCAGGAUUUCCACGAGAUUUCUCUGGAUGGGAUGCAAUUGGAACGUUGAGUAUUUCAAAUCUGGCUCUGAUUCCCAGGUAAUUUUUAUGAUAUUUUAGUUCGACUAAACAAUUAUCCCGUUGGUUAAUCGGUAUUUUUACAGGAAAUGGCAUCGGCGAGAGGGAUUCGAGGAUUCUAGAUGAAAACGAGAAGAAGAAGAAGGGCAAGAGGAAUUCAGAGGCUUUGAAAGAAAUUGAAGUGAGGAAGAGAAACAACAAAUGUAUCAAUUGAUGAGGUUUUGAAAAUGGAAGAAGCUCAACAAUUAUUUGCUCAUCGGACAAUCAAUCGAUUUUGCCAAAAAAGACAAAAUGGAUGGUCAGAAAUCAGCUGCUUAUGUAGACGACAAAGAAUUGUCUCAAAGUGCUCAUCCAACUUGCGACAAAAUCAUGGCGACAACAAGAUUUCAAUGCGUUUGGACAAAAUCAGAUUGUGAAGAAGGAGGAUUGUGUUGGAUGAAAAUGAAUUGGAUGUUGUUAUUCUCAGGUAUUUUUUAUGAUAAUUUAGUUUGGCCACGCCAUAUUCCCGUUGUUAAAUCAAUAUUUUCACAGAAAAUUGGCGUCAAGAGAAUUUUUUGAUUGCAAAUGGAAGUUCAAGUGAAAAAGAACAACCAAUUUUUCAAUAG